AUGGACUGCUACUGGACCCCCUUUAGUGCCUUGGCGAAUAGGCUCUUUGGCAGUGAUGAGAUGAACUUGGAACAUGUUCAGCACGUCAGGCGAGUGCUUCAGAGGCUGCUAGAGAAUGGGCUUUUUGUCAAGGUGGAGAAGUGCGUCUUCCAUGCACAGUCAGUUACGUUUUUGGGAUACAUCGUCUCGUCCGAAGGCGUGCGCAUGGACCCCGACAAGAUCAAGGCUUGGCCAACUCCAGAUUCCCGCAAGGCCCUGCAGAGGUUCCUGGGGUUUGACAACUUUUACUGCCGUUUCAUUCGCAAUUUCAGCCAACUAGCCGCUCCUCUGACCCCCUUCACCUCCAUCAAAAUGACAUUCAGGGGGUGUAAUGCAGCUGAGGUUGCAUUUUCCAACCUUAAGAGCCGCUUCGUUUCGGCUCCCAUCCUCAUAGCCCCUGAUCCUUCACGUCAGUUUGCCAGUGUCAUCCAAGGGCCUCUCGCUGUUUCAGUGUAG